AUGUGGCCAGGUUUUCUACUGAAGUGACUAGGAAAAAACUCGGGAAAGCAUUCUUAUAGUUUUAUCCUGCUCUUGCAGUAGUUUGACCAUUAGUUUGGAGUUUGAUAAUUUUAAAUCAUCUACAUGCAAAAACAAUCAAAAACAGUUGAAACACUUAAAAGAAUAGCAGUUUAAUACACUUAAUAGCAGUUACAAUUAAAAGAACUAAAGAUGUAAUGUCCAUGCAGCUUUUAUUAACUAGUGUGAAUUUUCCCAAUGAGGGCCCACAAUUAUGCCACAGGGGGAGGGGAGGUGCAGCCCCCCCCAGCCUCCCAUGCAUCUGGCUAAUAAUUGUGUGUGCAUAGCCUCUGCGCAGGCUAUUGUGUGCAGAGCUUUAAUACUCUGGCAUAGGCUGCCUAAUUGAAUUCCCAUCUGAAACACAGGAUUGUUUUUGCAGGAAGAUCAUUUGGUCAAGAACGGCCACCUUUAACAGAUCUUAUAAAGAAUAUUUUGCUAAGAUAUCCUGAUGGUGGUCAGAUAUUAAAGGUACUUUAAUUUGUGCACUUCAUGCGUGCUUUUACAAUUGUGGUAAAACUUUUAAUUGAGUGCCAGCAUCAAACGUUUUCCACAAGUGGUCAUGUGGGCAAGGCUGUGGGCAAAAUGCCCUAUUUAUAUUUAUUUCCUAAUUAAUUUAUAUAUUAAUUAUUAAGUACUAUUUAAAACAUGAGCAGGAGUGCUUUAUCAGAUAUAAAACAUGAGGCUACGGCGCCGAGUGUAUCAUCUGAUAAAGAGCACCGACAGCGAGUCUUUUAAAUCGGGUUUAACUCCUUAAAAAUCGGAACAACUCGUCCUAAUAUGAAUUCAUUGGCGAAGUAAUUUUAAAAAGUAAACGUUGUCUAAGCGGAGAAAAUCAGAGCUAAAGUUUAUGUAAAUGAACAUGAUUUUUUAUCGCAUAUAAAACCACUGACACGGUAGUGAUUUCCCUUGUCUUUCCUCAUGAAUUAUUAAUGAGUUUUUAAAUACGACUAAAAAUGUUGCAUUAUCGCACAUUGAUGAAGAAUUGUCCAAAGUUGUCAAUAUUAACAGGUGUUUGCUAAUUUUGCCUAUUUUCAAAUCAAUAUUACUCGAUUUCAUCAGGAAUUGAUUCAGAAUGCGGAUGAUGCCGGGGCAAACGAAGUUAAGUUGCUAUUUGAUGCCACAUCUUAUGGAACUGCUUCGUUGGUUUCCCCGGGGUUGGCCUUAUUCCAAGGCCCAGCUCUGUAUUGUUACAAUAAUGCCGAGUUCACGGAGGAGGACUGGGAAGGAUUACAACGUCUUAUGAGAAGUAAUAAGGAAAAUAACCCGUUGAAAGUUGGCCGCUUUGGAAUUGGAUUCAAUUCUGUUUAUCACAUCACAGGUAUAUAAUUGUAAUAGUUUGCAGCGUAAUCUACAAUUUUUAGGAAACCGUAAAGGAAAUUAAAAUUCACCCAAAUGAAUGUUAUUAGACCAAUUUAUCUAGACGAACAUGGGCGUCUGAUCAUUAUUCAUUUGUGUAUAAACGCAGUAAAAAGAACUUAAAGAAGGAAUUUGGUUAAGACGAAUUUAUAUGAGCAUGCAUGUAGUUUGUCUACCUGGACAAAUUUGUGCGCGUUGUUCAUCUAGUGACGAUGGAUUAAUGUUUAUACACCACAUCAGACGAAAAGACGAAUAUUAGAUCUAAUAGUUAGAGUAAUAAGAGAAAAGAUCGUGCAUAAUUUGUUAAUUUUGUUAUCAGAAUGUUUAGCAGUGCAAAUAGAGCUACUUUAGCUUGUUCAUCUCGACAGACCGUAUUGUACUUACACUAAUUAGACGAAUGAUGUCUGUACUGCAUUAAUUAACGGAUGGUGCGUUUUAACGGAUAAUCUGUCUCAGCCUAGUUAAAUCCAACCAAUAAGUUAUGUACAUUUUUGCAACCACUAAAUGAAACAGAUGAUUGAGCCUGAUUGGGAUGCUGUAUUAGGAUUAGUUUGUAUAUUGCUUAUUUAGAACUUGAUUUAAAAAGUAUUAUGACUAUUAUCACUCGAUAAAAAUUAGUCUCUGACAGUACUGCUGUCAGUAGCAGUUCCUCCAUGUUGUCUCCAUGACUGGUGCUAUACUGUUGUUUUUUUUUAUUUCUUUAGACUUACCAAGUAUUGUAAGUGGCAACACGGUUGCGUUUUUAGAUCCACAUGAGAAGUAUUUUGUCCGUGGUGAACCAGGCCAAGCGUUCUCUACUGGAGACCCUUUACUUGCUGAAAACUUCGACCAAUUUAAGCCGUUUCACCAGAUAUUCGACUGCAAUCUUAACCAGGGAAACUGUUAUAGUGGGACACUCUUUCGGUUUCCAUUGAGAACUGAACCAUCAAAGUUGUCGACCAAAAUCUACACGAGAGAAAUGGUCAAUACCCUUUUUGAUUCAUUUAAAAGUGAAACAAGUGCGAUUCUCCUCUUUCUGAAAAACGUCGACUCGGUCAGUUUGUAUGAACGGGAAGAGCAAGGUGAAAUUUUCCAUCUUUAUACGGCCAGAGUAUCUGAGAAGUCAAAGACUGAAGUCAGAAAGAGGAGACAAGAAUUGAUCCAGGAUAUCACAAUGGAGUGGGAUUUUGCCGUGAAAACAACUUUCUACCGUUUGGAAAUGGAGAAGGAGUGUCCAGGAAAACCUUCAGAAAAGAAGGAAUGGUUCUUAGCGAAUCAAGUUGGCGCCAAUGAGAUGAAACUAGUCGAGUUGGCCCGGGAUUUAAAGUUGUUACCUUGGAUCGGCAUCGCAUUGCCAGUGGAUGCUAAUAACAACAUGUCUUCGUUAGGGAGGAUUUUUUGCUUUCUUCCACUCCCUCCUGACUGUCGAACAGGAUUGCCGGUUCAAGUGAAUGGCUAUUUUGGAUUGACAGACAACAGAAGAGCUUUAAAGUGGCCUGGUCCCGAUUGCCAGAAUGACGACACGGCUCAGUGGAAUCAACUUCUCUUGGAAAAAGUCGGAAGUCAAGUGUACGCCAACCUGAUCGUAAAUAUGGUACGAGAAUGUUCUAGCAACCUUCUCCCGCCAGAGUCGCUCGCUAAGUUAGUGUACAGCGCUUUGCCAGUCCACAGCAAUGUCAGGCAAGAUUGGAAAUGUAUCCUGCAGCCGUUUUUCAAAACGGUUUUAGCAAGGGAAAUAUUCUUGACAAUUUCCAGAAGAGAAUCUCGAUGGAUCAGCCUUGGGGAAGCCAUUAUCGAUCGCUUGGACGAGACCAAAGGCAUGAGAGAAGAAGUAAAAAAAGUUGUCCUGCAUACGUUGCUGAGCGCAGGUCAGCCAAUUGUUUCACUACCGGGACACGUUAUACAAGUUGUUGAUCAAUAUCAUCAGAUUUCUGGUUGGAAAACUCCUCAGAACGUUACCCCAGCGCUGUUGUGUAACAUUUUGCGCUCAAAUUUCGAUUUUUAUAAGUUACCAAUGGCUUUCCUAGAUCGAUUGUUCGUGUUGGAGUAUGCCCUGCAGAAUGUUCCUGGAAGUAUUCCUAGUCUUCACGACGUUCCGCUACUUCCAUUAGAAAACCGCCAGUUCAUAAAGUUCUCGUUUCCAUCCGUCGAAAAGAUUUUCAUUCCGUCUGAGAAGCACAGUGCCGAUCUCUUGCCCAAUAUGAAGCAUCGUCUUCUCUAUCGUAACCUACCUCUACAACUACAACAGAAGUUGUACGAGCUUGGUUCUUCCAAAGCCACACAGUUGCAACAUCCUACAGCUAAUGAUAUCAAGCAGCUACUCUGGCAAAACCUCCCUAAUGAUUGGUCCUGCAACUACCUCCCGCAGCUGGAAACCGUCAACUGGAAUCCUGAUAUAGAGAGACAUCCUUCUUUGGCUUGGUUAGAAUUAAUAUGGAAGUGGAUCAAUGAGAAUUACCCAAGUCACCUUGGCGAGUUUGAAAGAAUGCCACUAAUUCCCGUUUCCAUCAAUCCACCCUCCUCUAUGGCUAGACUUCGUUCAGACUCCGCCAUCAUUGUCACCGAACACCCACUUUGUAAUGAAGUACUUUCAGCCGUCGUUCGUGAACUUUUAGUCAAGUCGGCCUGUGUUGUGGUUGAGAAAUUACCGUCCUUUUUGAAGCACGAUCAAAUUCUUCAUUAUAUUGCUCUACCAACGCCGUCUGGUAUUCUCAGCGUUCUUUCCGUAGCAAAAGAUAAAGCAGUUCAACAACUUUCUGUUGCAUCAAACGAAGUCAAACACGAGCUUUGCUGUAUUCUGUCAAAGCUAGACCGCGUUAGUUCGGCUCGGAUAUCAUUCAUUCGUACGUUACCAAUCUUUGAAGCAGUCGACGGAAGCCAUUUUGUUUCCUCUGAGACAGAACCGGGCAAACAGCGUCUUGUUGCGCCACGAAAAUUCUCGUUACCUGAAGAAAUCAGAAUUAUUGACCGAACAGAGAUCUUGUCCUCUUCAAAGGAUGAAAACUAUCGUUUGCUGGAGAAACUUGGCAUAAGAAUCGAAAGCACAUCUAGUUUGAUUGUGAUUCAUUUAAAAAACUUUUUAAAUUCUGGGAUCAGAGACGCGGAGAAGGACAACCUCAUGCUUUGGAUUUUGGAAAGAAUAGAUAUCUUAAAUCAAGAAAUGCCUGCAUUCUUGGGGUUUAUUCGUGAACUGGCAUGUAUUCCAACUGCAAGUGGCAAACGUAUAGCACCAAAUAAACUCUUUGAUCAUUCUGACAGACUCUUAAUGCGGUUGCUAGAAGGCAACAAUGAGGCUUUUCCAAGAAAGCACUUCUUGGAGCCAAUACAACGACGUAAAAAUGAGCUGAGCGUUCGACGUAGAGAAAACCUAAUCGCUCAAGAUGUUUUCCUUCUUGCAAAUCGAGCAACCGAGAUAAGUUUAGACAGAGGUAUGGCUCUUGUGGAACUUACGAAUCAGCGACCACAGUUACUGAGUGAAUACACUGCAGAUGUAAGGUUAUUGAGUAGUGUACUACGUGAGUUUCCAUGGUUACCAAGGGUGCAGGAUCGUCCUGCAAACUAUCCUGAUUUCAUGCCGUGGUAUGAUGAAAUGAACCUCUGUAAACCGAGCAGCAUGUAUCCUGAUUCUUUGACUCUGUUAGUUGGUGCGACAGUGCCUGUUUUCAAUGACAUGUUGAUUUCACGUAAAGUACAAGGUAUGUAUAACGAUGUUCACUAUGCUUUGUAGAGAAGUAUCGCCCGUAUUCUAAAAGCUCACUCACACUCACACUCAAUGAGUGGAGGUUUAAUCUGAGCUUCUCUUGAGUGUCAAUGCUGUUUUUAAAUAGCUGGAGGGUUAGUGUCGUACCUUACUGUGCGACUACUCACCCUCCAGCUAUUCAAAACCAGCAUCGGCACUCAAGAGAAGCUCAGAUUAAACCUCCACUUAUUGGGUGUGAGUGUGAGUGAGCUUUUAGAAUACGGGCGAUAAAAUGUGAUAAAAUUAGCAUAGGCGUAAGGGGCUGAUGCUUCCCGGGACCCCCGAUGGAUGAAUUCAAUUGUAUUGAAAUUAAUUUAACACAUUUUCUGAUAAAUCUGAAUAAAUUUCUUGAAUUUUAACAUUUGACCUUUCGGGGGGGGGGGGCGGGGCGGCAUGCCGUUUGUCUCGCACGCCUAUGCAAAUUGGUUCAAAAGUUCAAAUAUUGACAAUUUUAGAAAAUGAGAUUUCAACUAAUCCUAGGCACAUUUGUGUAAAAAUAUGUUUAAAUUGAUGGUUUACUUCUCACGUGAGAGGGUUUAAGCUGAGUAUGUGUAUUAUGAUGUUAUUUACCUUUGUACCCAGGGAUCGUACAAACAGCUGGCAGCAGUUUCAAAAAGACAAACACGGUCGUCCCAAAAGGGACCUUUGCCCCCUCCCCUGUUUGUCGCAAAACUGUUGCCAGGCUGUCGAUUUUCUGUUCCAUUAAAACAUAACCGUUUUUAGUCGACGACACUGUUGUAAGUGUCGCGAAUUGUUGCCAGCGUGUCGCGACAAGUCUUUUCUUCAUGUUUCCAUUCGGUCGCAAAUACUACUCUGACGACAGUUACAACACGUUCGCGACAGUUAUGACCAUAUGAACCAAAGCAUGAUUGACAAAACCGAAAAAAAUGAAAAAUCACGAAGAAAACAUAUUUUCAGUACAAGUAUACGUUGUACCUUUUCAAAAUCAUAAUAGCUACAAAGCCUAACAUACGGACUGUAUUUCAGUAACGGAGAUGAAAAAUAAGUGUUUUUAUUUUCUUCCAGAUUUGCUUGGAAUGUCUCACACAAACAACGUAUUUAAAGAAGUCAUUGAACAGCUACACAUAGCUGUUAUCUCCUGGACAAACCAGACGACCACACCGUUGAUCCUUGCGAAGUUUGAAGAAAUGGUUAAGGGUAUUUACAUGUAUCUUUCCCGAGUACCCAAAGACACUGUACAGCAUUUGUUACAAUCCAAAGGUUUAACCCAGUGGAUAUGGCAAGGAAGUGGUUUUACCUCACCAGAAAAAGUUGCUUUAGAAUCAUACUUUCCAAAGAGUAUCAACCUUCAUCCGUAUUUGUUCCGUCUUCCAAACGAACUAUUCAAAGUAAAAGAGUUUUUACUAUCCCACGGAGUAAAGCCACAAUUUACAGUCGAUGACUUUCUGGAUGUGCUGUGGAAUAUAAAAGCAAAGCAUGAUAAUGAAAAACAAUCGCACGAGGACGUGAUGCAAGAUUUAGACCAUUGUCGUGCAGUGUUAGAGUGGAUUGUGAGAAGCGAUGGCGAGCUAUCUGAAGAACGGCGCUGUAAACUUCUCAUUCCCGUUCAGACCAAGUCCGAUAAGCUGCAACUCGAACUAUGCAAUACGUGUACUUACUGUGAUCGUGACUUUUUAAGACGAGAUGUUUCCGAACAUGAGGUUUCUAUUCAGUCUCAUUUAAUUCACAAAGCAAUUCCCGAUGAUUUGGCUAGUCGUCUUCGAGUUCCGCGUCUCUCAAGCUGCCUCGUAGCAGGCAACUAUGAGCCACUGACCACGCGGUUACGUAACAUCCUGCAGCAGUACAAAGAAGGAGUAGCGAUUUUCAAGGAGAUUAUUCAAAAUGCAGAUGACGCUCACGCUUCCAAAGUGUGCUUCGUCGUUGACUGGCGGGAGAAUCCCGGAGAACAAUUACUUACUGAAGAACUAGCUAAAUGCCAGGGUCCUGCUCUUUGGGCUUAUAAUGACGCCAUGUUCUCUGAGGACGACUUUAAGAAUAUCAACAAGCUUGCUGGUGAAACAAAAAAGAACGACUUGGACAAGGUGGGUCGUUUUGGUCUUGGCUUCAACUCUGUCUACCACCUCACUAAUGUCCCAAGUUUUGUAAGUGGCGAACACCUGGUGAUUUUUGAUCCGAAUAUGAAUCACAUCACUCAUUUAAUGGACGACAAGAUGAGAAAAGGUGGACUUAUGUUAAGCUUGGUGGAAAACAAAGAUGUUCUAUCGGCAUUCCCAGACCAAUUCUCUCCUUACAACCAGUUGUUUGGUUGCGACAUGACUGGUACAGGCACUUUUCACUUCGACGGAACAUUGUUUCGGCUUCCUUUUCGUACGAACGUACAAGCACAAGAAAGUGAGAUUUCGAAAGAACCUUACACGCGAAACAACGUGAACAACCUUAUGAAGUCAUUGAAAGAAAAUGUCGCAACCCUUUUGCUGUUUGCCCAAAAUGUUAAGGAGGUUCGAGUUUUUGAGAUUCGGAAAGAUUCUAACCCAAAAACGUCGUUAGGGCGACCCAUCAUCAGCAUCACAAAAUCGGUGGAGAAAACUUUGUACACGAAUAUUACUGAGGGAACGAUCUUGCAAAAUUCGUCAAAUUGGUUGUCAAACAAUCGAAAAUCGACAGUACAAGCCGCAUCAGAAGGACCCCGCAGUACCGAAUUGAUAAAGAUGAAUGUAUCAAUGGUGAAAUCUGACCUAAGUGAUGUAUCGGAACUUGUUCAAAUAGAAGACACGUGGCUUGUUAAUUCUUGCACAGGUGGGAAGUCUUCCCUUCAGGUAGCGCUAAGUGUUGAUGGUAUCAGGAACGCCGUUAUCCCCGUCACUGGGAUAGCUGCAAAGAUAACGCAUUCAAAUAUACAAGACGUAAAAAUAUUCCCCGUACGUGGAGAAGUAUUCAGCUUUAUGCCACUCUCCAUCGAGUCUGGGUUUCCUGUGCAUGUCAACGGCUUUUUCUCGGUUUAUUCAAAUCGGCGGCGUCUAUGGGAAGAAGAUGUGGGUGAAUACCAAUCGUUUAAAUCAUUUGAAGCGAAGUGGAACGCGGGUUUAAUGGAAGAUUCGUUAGUGCAGACUUAUCUUCAGCUGCUGCAAAUACUUACGUCCUACAACGACAAGCAAUACGAGUUCCACAGUCUUUGGCCCAACCCAACAAAAGUAAACUACCCAAAAGCGUGGAAACCGUUUCUUUAUUCAUUUUUCAACAAAAUCAUCGACGAAGAGUGGCCGUUAUUUUAUUGCAACGAAAAAUGGAGAAAACUUCAAGAUUGUCUUAUUCUUGAUCCAGAACUUGACAAGGUUGCUGAUUGCGUCACCAUUAUGAAACAACUUCGUGAAAAUGUCCUAUUAAUUCCCCAAGACUUCAUAGAAGCCUUCAAAUUUAACGGGAAAGAAGCCUUUAUCAAAAGGUACAUGCUAACUGAAAAUAGAUUCUUGAGAGAAUUCUUUUUUCCUAGAAUUUCACAGAUACCAAACCAACUUCGUAACUUAGUUCUGGUUCACAUCCUCGAUCGUCGAUUAAGUAAUCAUCGAACCUAUGAUGAUCUUUUACGGGCCUAUCCAAGUUUCAGUUGUUCUGAGGAUAGAACGUGGCUGCGCAAACCAAGCGAACUGGUCCAUCCUAAAGGAAAAGCUGCCUGCUUGUUUUCCGAAGAAGAAGGACGAUUUCCGUUGGACAACCGCUUUUUAGAGAAAGAACGGUCAUUGAUGUUGGGAGAGUUAGGAAUGGCUAUUGACGACCUUCCAUGGUGUGCUUUGUGUGAAAGAGCUGAAUGGGUUUCCAAGAAUUGCGAUGUCAACAGAGCAGGACAUCUCAUUCAAUACAUGAAUCAAAUGCCUCCAGGAUGUGAAAUAACCCCCGCAGAAACAAUAAUUCUACGAGUUGCUCAGUUCCUUCCCAUUUUGCCAAAGCCAAAAGACUACCCAUUUCCCUGGAAGUCAGACGAAUACCGCACGACGAUGCAUUUAGCUGCCGCCGUGAAUCUCUAUCCCGAACAACAUAAAUUCCUUGUUGGCUCCACUCAACUCAUCAUGGAUGAAUCAUCUAAUAGUUCAAGCGUGCCAAACAAUUAUCUCAAGAAAAUCCUUGGGUUAUCUUCCAAGCAACCUGAAUUGUCAGAUGUCAUAGCACAACUUGAUCGAGUCAUCCAGCAGUCUCAUUUGCUCACUAGGGAAAAGAAGGAAUGUACAUGUAUGGCAAUAUACGACUUCUUUCAAAAGAUUGUAACCACUGAAAAAUACAAGUCAAAACAGUCUUUCCUUCGUGAACAGCUUGAAUGCCGACAGUGGAUGCUCGUUAAAAAUCAAAUGGUGGAUCCAAGACUAGUGGCAAAGAACUGGAACAAAGAUGAUAAAUCAACAUAUCUGUUUUCCCUGCCUCUUAAUUACAAUACGAAAUUCAAAAGCCUCGUCCGUUGGUACGGUGUAAAGGACAACUUUUCCCCGGAAGAUUUUAUCGAAGCAAUAUUAAAGCUUAAACAAGACACUGGUCACAAGAAACUGGCAGAGAACAAAAUCCGUACCCUUAUUGUUCUUAUUGAAGAAGUAUUUUGCUUAACCUACACAAAGCUUCCAAUUGCUUUGCCUCUUCCUAGUGUGGACUGUCAGCUGUAUGACGCUAAUGAACUUGUAGUUAACAGUACUCCUUGGCUGGAGACGGAUGGCAUGAAUAAGCUUGUACAUGGGAAGGUUCCGGUAUUGUUAGCAUACAGAUGUGGUGCAAAGGAGAUUAGAAACGCAGAUUUAACUCGCUGCUCUGAACCUAUUGGUCAGCCAUUUGGACAGUUUGAGAAACCGACUUAUCGUUUAAAGAACAUCCUGAAAGCCUGUCCUUCUGAUGAGGGAAUAUUGAAGGAACUUCUUCAAAAUGCAGAUAAUGCAAAGGCCACCGAAAUACAUUUUGUGUUUGACCCACGAACCCAUGGCACUAAACACGUUUUCUCUGCUAACUGGAAAGACCUUCAAGGCCCUGCUAUUUGUGUCUACAACGACAAGCCAUUUUCCAAAGAAGAUAUUGAAGUUAUCCAGAAGCUUGGAAUAGGAAAGAAAGUGAACGAUCCUGCGAAAACUGGACAGUAUGGAAUUGGAUUUAAUGCAGUGUACCAUCUUACUGAUUGCCCAUACUUCAUUUCCAAUGAUGAAGUAAUUUGUGUUUCUGACCCGCACACAGCGUAUGCUCCUGGAGCGAGUGAAAGGAAUACCGUACGGUUGUUCAACCAGCUCACCAAACUGUUCCGAAUAAAUUACCAGGAUGUUCUAUCUGGUUUUUUGGGUGAUCUUUUUAAUCUUAAAGGAAGUACGAUGUUCCGUUUUCCACUUCGUUGUAAUGCAAAACUUCCGUCUGAGAUUUCUACUGUCCAGUGGGAUGAAAGAAAAGUGAAAGAGCUUUUUAAUUUAUUCCGAGCAUCCGCCAAAGACAUGCUGCUGUUUCUGAACAAUGUUACCAAGAUCUCUGUUUCUGAAAUAAAGAAUGGAGAACUUGAAACGUAUUCUGUGAUAUGCGAAGUUUCUGAUGGUGAUAAUCGAGCUGGAUUCUUUGAAAAGAUCAGGGCAUACAGUAAAGUGGCAACACAACAAAUACCAUGGCAAGAGAUCCAUUACGUUAUGAAGAUAUCGGAUACAAAUAAGGUAAAAAAAGACUGGCUGGUCACACAGAGCUUGGGGUAUAUUGAUAGGGAAAAUAUCUCGGAAAUCCCAAAUGGUACUAGAAUGGGAUUGUUACCACGCGCUGGUAUUGCCACCCUUUUGCCUUCAACUGAACCUCGAAAUUUUCGAUUGCGACAUUCCGUAUUUUGUGUACUUCCACUUCCAGUUUCUACCAAAUUUCCUGCUCAUAUUAAUGGCCACUUUGCGCUCGACUUGGCACGCCGUGGUCUGUGGCAUGACCCUAAAAGUUCAGACGAACGAGUUGUUUGGAAUGACUUCAUGAAACGUCACGUAAUUACUUCAGCCUAUGCCAGUGCGAUUUCUCACGCGAGAGUGCACAUCCUUGGAUAUCAAGCUGAAUCUGAUACUUAUGGCACGUUUUUCUCCAAAAAGAAAACUGAGGACGGUCUCAAAUGGUAUCAUCAGUUGUUCCCAUCCAUAUCAGACCUUGAUGCAGCAUGGAAGCCUGUUGGAGAAUCGCUUUACAGGAAUUUCUUGCCGAUGCUUCCUGUUUUACCUGUUGUCAUGUCAGUUCCGGAAAGCAAAAAGUCUAUUACAGAGGAAUUGCUCUCGUCUUACCCCUCUGCAUUUGCAGAGACUGAUCUGAAUCCUGUUAAUGUUACGUGGUGUAAAGUCAGUGAUGCCUACUUUUGUACCCCUGAAUUGUCGUGGUUACUCGAGAAGACAUUGCUGGACAUAGGAUUCCGCCUUCUUUCACACACUCCAAGAGCAAUUCACGAGAGUUUCAAAGCAGUUAAAUAUUACCAAGAUGUAAGUCCAGAACAAGUACGGGAAUUCCUCCGUAAUCACAUGAAAAUGAAAGAUGAUUUACCUAAGGUGGUCAAGAACACUGUUCUUCAGAAGAAUAGCAAUGUUUAUGAACUCAUCAAGUAUUGCGCUUUAGCUGAGGACUUUCUCGAAAGUCUCGAAGGCCUUCCUUUGCUUCUCACACAAGAUAGCAUACUUCGUUGCUUCCGUCGGGAUCUCAUUGUUUUCUGCAGCAGAUUCCAUCAGCUGUUGCCCUCCAGACCAGACCUCUUCCUGCACGAUUCGCUUUCAAGUCUUUAUAGAAGCGGUAUAGAGAAGUGUUGCAAUGUUAUGAAAACAUUUCGUUUAUCAGAUCUUGCCAAAUAUCAAGCUGUCGUUUAUCCAUCAUCAUGGAUUAACACCGCUUCCCACCAACCUUGGAAUCCAGACGAGCAAAGCAACACAUUUCCAUCAAAAGAAUGGCUUAUAUUACUUUGGGAGUUCAUUGAUGCUGUCUCUAGUAAAAGAGAAAGUGAAAGCGACAUCCUGAAGGAAAUCGUGAAUUGGCAUAUAGUUCCAACCAUACAUAACUGUCUAGUUCCCGUUUCCAUGGGCAAAACAGUUCUCAAUGUAAGCACAGAUCUCAACAGCGAUUCAACUCAGGACAAAACCAUAAGAGCGUUGUUAGUAAAGCUUGACUGUCCGCAGUUAAAGGAUACCAUUUUGAUCUCUUCAUUUCCCAAAUUAUCAAGUUCUGGUGGAGGUACCGCAAUACGCAAGCACUACCUUGCAAUGGUUCAAUCAACGGAGGACGUCCUGGGACUGUUGCACCAGACUUUGAACGGUGGUAUGAAAAAAGAAGCUACACUUGCUAAUCACGAAAUUGAACGACUCCUCAUGUUUCUACAAAGUGAUUUUUCAAGGCUCUCGUGCUCUCUUCUGCGAAAUCUUCCAUUUUACGAAACCAUCAGUUGCACUUACACAAGGCUUUCUGGUAACCAUGCAGUGUUUGAAGUGCCAGAUGACGUCCCCGGGGAUGACCUUCAAAUUCUUUCCUCCGUAACAUGCAGUAUCUUCUUACGCCAAGCUCCCAAACUCGCGGAUCUUUACCGUUAUAUUGGAAUCGAACAAGCAUCAUCUAUGGACUUCUACAUGGGUAUAGUUCUAAAGUACUUCAAUCAUUUAACACCUGAAGGAAGAGUAAACCAUUUAAACUUUGCGAGGGAUUACCUUCUGCAGAAGCAUUAUAGUGGUUAUAAGGCUCUACUGUCAGUCAUGAAGCAGUUGCCCUUUAUUCCCGAUCAUUUAGGCAUACUCCAUCCAGCAAAUGAGUUCUAUGACCCAAGUAAUGAAGUAUUUGAGAAAUUUAUACCAAAUGAGAAAUUUCCUCCCACGCCGUUUGAUUCCAUUGAGUGGAAAGAAUUUUUAAAGAAAAUUGGUCUCCAAUAUGCCGUCACUGAGGAACAUUUUUUAUCAUUUGCCACACAACUACAGGAAGAAGCUUGCAAUCCAACUUCAGAUGAGGCGAAAGAAAUCCUGGAAAAAUCAAGUAUUCUGGUUUCCCAUUUGUUCGAAAACAAAAGUUUGCACACAUCAGCAUUUCUUUCCAAAACUUCUAAAAUUAAGUUUGUUCCCGCAGCCAAAAUAAUUGAGUUGUAUCUUGCUAUCCAUCCUUCACAUACAGAAAAAAUUCUCACCUGUUUUAGGGGCUCCGUGGUUGAAUUGCAUACAGCCCUUGUAUGGUCAAGUGCAUCCUUAAUAGCAACCUCAGCAGUUCCAUAUCAUAGAAAUGAUUUGGUCAACAUGCUCGGAAUACAUACUGAACCUCCACACGAACUUGUUAUCGCGCAUGUCAGUAACCUUUCUGGUCGUUUUCCUGCGACGAGAAACGAAGAAAUUCCGUCUGCAUUGCAACCAGUCCUUCUUGAUGUUAUGGAAAAGAUAUACAGCUAUUUUAUGUAUUCUUGCCCAAAAACGUCUGGUUCACCUGAUUCAACUUGUUCACCUAAAUGUCAGUUGACAAGGAAUGCCCUUUGCAAUGUUCCUGUGAUAUUGGUCGACCGUCAUACGCUCGUACGCGGUAACCAGCUUGCAUUCAAAGGAGUAUGGGACUGCAUGAACCCUUACAUGUUCGAGGUUCCUCGCAAAUUUCAACAUUACGAACACUUCCUAAAAUGUCUUGGAGCUCAGGAGCGCCCAACACCGCUUCAAUAUUUAUCAGUACUAGAAGCAGUCAAGAGAAGUUGUGGGGAUAAUCAAAUGUACCCUGGAGAGGUUCGUGCAGCUGUCGAAGCAACAAAAGGUUUGUUUGUACGGUUGAGCAAAGAUAAGAAGCGUUCUCAAACACGUGGCGGCUCCCCCCCGAAUGCAGAACAAUCCCUGGUAAAUGUUCGAACUCUUUACCUCCCGACCGAAGAUAAUUAUCUCAUGCCGUCGUGUGAAGUUUUUGUCAAUGAUACGGAGAAGAAAGAACGUUUGAAAGAUUAUUGGAAGGACUUGCUCAUUGAUUUGACCAUGAGGAAUCAAGAACGUCCUGGAAAACUUGUUGAACUGUUGCCGAGUCCUUUGAGAGUGAAAAAGUUGAGUUCUAUACUAAAUAAAGAGUUAAGCCCAAGUUGCAUCGACAAGAUUUGUAUUCUUGAUCAAGAUCCAAACACACUGUCCUGUGACUUCAUCAAACGAUAUCGCGACAUCAUCUGUUCUCCGCAAUUCAGUGAGGCCCUGAUAAGGUUGUACAAGUUCCAAGAAGAAAAAGUCAGGAUUCCAGUGCAGGUAGAAAAUAAUCUUAGAAGUCUUGAGAAAGAUGUCAAAGUUUCAUGCAUGCAGACUGUUGAAGUGCGGCUAGUUAGAAGGGCAACCAUGGAAGCGGUUCCAGACAGCGUGACGGAAGUUUCUACUUUCUGUCAAGAAACUCCUAAUGGUUUUUGUAUCCUAAUUAAACACGGCGGAGACGGACAUCGCGAUGUAUUACACGACAGAUUAAGUUCGUUUAUUUCUCGGAUCACUGGGCAACACAUCACCGAAGCUAAGUGGCGUUAUCUGAUGAUGAUCCUUUGUGUGAAAGACCCCAGUGAAAUAUCGAAGACCUUGGAUGAUGCUCGGGUACCACAAAGUAUAAGCAGCAUUUCCAGAGAACCAGGGAAUCCAAUUCCUGGACACUAUCUUUUGAAAAACGAUAUAAACUACCAUCUCUGUGAAGGUGAAUGGGUUGGAUAUGAAGUAAGAGAAGAAGAUGAAGAAAAUGAAGCGGUGUAUGUGUACGCCAAGAUCAUUGAACAAACAUGCCAGGGUAUGUGUUUAUUGAUCUAUAAUACUGAAUAAUACUAUUUAAGUAGUGUCUUUGUGGUAUGUAGUUGAGUACCGCAAUAAUAAUUCCUGUUUUAACAUGAUUUAUGUAGCUCUGAGAAAUUAAAAUACGAUGCAUUUUUGCAGAUAAGCUACAGAGUUUCUCAGCGCUCCGUUGUCGUUUAACAUGCCUUUAAUCGAUGUUUAAUUCAAAAUUUUAAAUGUCAUCCUUUUUUGCUCUUUGGUGCUUUGACGAAAAUUCAAAGGAAUGAACAUCUAAUCAAUAUUUAUAAAUCGGAUGCAGAUCUUGUCCUCCUUUGCAAAUUGAUUUUCUCGGCUAAACGCCAAUAUAAUUAUAAAAUUUGAUUACUUAUACAUGCAUUUUACCCAGAGACUGAGCCGUCAUAUUCAGAGGUUCUUAAUCGAUCACAACUUCCAACCUCAUGACAAGAAAAGAACUACUGUGUAUAAAAUAUAUGAACCACCACUAUUUAAUUUAUUACCAAAGCCCGUUGUUUGCGAUCAUAAUUUUAACUUAAGGAGGAUUUCUGAACAAUUAUAUUUAUUUAAUGGCACUACUGCUUGUAGAACAAAGAGAGCACAAUCCUUUUUUACCUUUAAAUAUUUUAACUAGAUUAGUAUACUAUAUUAGUUCUGUAUUUACAUUGUGUAAAUACCUAGAUUUGAUUAGUUUUUAUUGUAAAGCCCUGUUUAAACGGAUCCAACAUUGUUGGUCCAACAUCAUCCAACAUUUUUGAAAUAAUGGCUCAAACGGCUCCUUUUCAAAUAUUUUUAUCAAGACUAGGUUUAGAGUUUGAGUAAAGCUUAUCUAACCAAAAAGAUUUGAAAGAAAAGCAGUCAUAUCUAGUAUAGUAACAUUGUUGGAUGAUGUUGAUUCAACAAUGUUGGAUUCGUUUAAACCGGCCUUAAGGUAGCUUAAAAGCUCACUGAUUCAGUUAUUGUAACUGCGAGAGAGUUUUUAAUAAACUACUUAACAAAUAUUUUAAAUAAUAUAAAACAUUCCUUAAACAUGAAGGACGGCCACGCGACGACGACAGCCAAAACCACUGAUCUUGUUGAAAUUAAUUAUUGCAAAGAAAAACUGUUGUGUAUUAUCCGUGUAAAAUCCGUGGUUUCUCGUUGUGAACAGAGUGAGGAAGGCACCUAAAGCUCCUGUAGGAUUUGUAAUUUCAUUUCUACAAUAUUAUGAAUUUCAUUGUAUUGAUAAAAGUCGUCUGUCACAUCGCCGUCUUUGCUUGCUUAUGGUCCUGUGAAUUAACUGUUUCAGCCAAAUGCUGGGCUGGUCGAAGUUUAUUUGGACUCUAAAAUUUCAGUACAUCGUAGGCGGAUUUAUCACGAACUUCUACUUUUAUAAAAGGAUAUUAAUUAAUGAUAUUUUUUAGGUGAUGGUACAUUCGCAUUUAAUAGCAAAUACCUGAUUGAUAUUGGCGAGGAAGAGCAAGUUGAAGUUAGUAAGCUGAAACUUUACAAGUUUGAUCGUGAAGAACGAACCGCAGGAGGAGCUACCAGUUCGAGAAACGAAAGGAUGUGUCCGGUGCCUUAUGAAGUUCCUGAACAUGAAACUGGCAAUUCUAGUCAAGGAACCGCUUCUUGUGAGCCAGCAACGCUCGAAGAAGCAAAAAGAGAGGUCGCAGAAGCGCUGAAAGAGAUUUGGCAACUUUCAGAGUCGGAAAGAUCGAGUGCUAUAAAACGUUUGAUCCGACGAUGGCAUCCUGACAAAAAUAAACAUCGUGAGUCCUUCGCUAACGAGGUAACAAAAUUCUUGUUCAAUGAGGUGGAACGUUUGCAAAGGGGUGGAAUACCUGACUACCGUCCUGAAGCUGCCAAUUCAAACCAAUCUUCAAGAAGACCAUCAAGACCCACCAAGACCCGCCAAGGAACCGCUUCUUGUGAGCCAGCAAUGAUCGAAGAAGCAAAAAGAGAGGUCGCAGAAGCGCUGAAGAAGAUUUGGCAACUUCCAGAGUCGGAAAGAUCGCGUGCUAUAAAACGUUUGAUCCGACGAUGGCAUCCUGACAAAAAUCAACAUCGCGAGUCCUUAGCAACUGAAGUAAUGCGAUUCCUAUUCAGCGAAGUGGAGCGUUUGAAAAGGGGUGAGGUACCUGGCUAGCGCCCUGUUGAAAAAGCUUAGUACAAUAUAUAUAGUAGGUUUAAAUUAGGCAUGACCGCAUAACACAGUCUGACUGGUCGGAUAAGAAAUUCCAUCUCUAUUGUUGAUUGCAAAGAUUUGGGCCAAGUUCUUAAGUGUAUUCCAUUAUUAAUAGAAAUAAUUUGCAAAACUUUUGAAAUGUUUGUAGC